UAAAUGAACACAAGCAACAAUUCGAUAGAAGUAUUUACCAACCUACAUAAAAGAAACGCUCUUGGACAGGAAAAGGGAUCAAAAAAGCCCUUAGAAAUUUCUUAAUUUCGAUUCUAUUCUAAAUUUCUUGGACCUUUCAACAUCCUAAGAGCAUCGCAUAUUCCUAUUUCACCAUUACUACUGUCGGCCUUCCUUGGAUUUUACACGCCAUUACCAAACCUUCUUCAUUCAUCUCUGCACAAGUCUUCUCUUACAAGAUAUUAAAUCUAGGGUUUUAAAUGGAAAGCUUAGGUGGGUCAUCAACAGAAACCCCAAUUAGCAAGAAACUUCAUGAAUUUGGAAGAAUUUAUCAGUAUUACUUGGAUAAAACAACCCCACAUGCAGUUCCUAGAUGGGUUGGAACAGCAGUUCUUGCUUUGAUUUAUGCUAUAAGGGUUUACUUUAUUCAAGGGUUUUACAUCAUUACUUAUGCUCUUGGGAUCUACCUCUUGAAUCUGCUUAUUGGGUUUUUAUCACCUUUGGUUGAUCCUGAGAUUGAAGCUUCUGAUGGAGCUGUUUUACCAACCAAAGGUUCUGAUGAAUUUAAGCCCUUUAUUCGCAGGCUUCCUGAGUUUAAGUUCUGGCAUUCCAUUACUAAGGCGUUUUGUAUAGCUUUCGUAAUGACUUUCUUCUCCGCAUUCGAUGUACCUGUAUUCUGGCCAAUAUUACUCUGUUACUGGGUUGUCUUGUUUGUUCUCACCAUGAAGCGCCAAAUAGCACAUAUGAUCAAGCACAGAUAUAUUCCUUUCAAUGUGGGAAAACAGAAAUACGGAGGGAAGAAAUCUGGUGCUCCUACCAGUGGUUCUCGUGCUGACUGAAACAUCAAGUCAAGUGAAAGAUCAAAUCCGUGCCUCUAAAUGUAGUUUAGGAGAAGAAGGAAGAGGCAAAGUUCGGAUUUGAACUGAAUACUAUCGUUUUUUCAUCUGAAUUUUUAGAAGUAUAUACGGUAUCUGGUUGCAUUUUCUUACGUGCUCUUCCAGUUGCCAAAAGAUUUGUUAUUGCGUAAUGUGGACCAGGGUCUUGUUUCUAUGGAUCAUAUUGAUUUCAUCGUGUAGUAAAAGCUCCGAGUAUUUUAGCAAGGCAGAUCCCUAUUCGUUUUGUUAGUCUCUGUUCGGUUUACGCCGCGAAGGCUUGAAUACAUGUUUUUAUCGUAGAAGUUAAGAACACUUACUUGACUGCAAUUAUUUGGAGUACAAUCUAUUGUAUUUUGUUUGAUGCCUUUUUGAUCUGCUUGAUAGCUUUAUGCUGUUUAAAACCUUGAACAAACUGUCUAUUUGCUUCUGCAAUCUGCAUCUUUUAUAUAGUUUCAUGCAAGUAACAACACAUAGAGGACAGAAUGAGGGUCAUCUUCGGGAGAUUUGUUUUGGCGUUACUUUGGUGGACUUGUUCUUUAAUACCGUAUGUCCUUAUGAGUAUGCUACAAUACACUCAAACUGUAUGUAUGUAUGAGAUUAAAAGAGAGUGUUCAUGUAGGAAUAAGAUGACAUUGUAUUUGAUGCAAUUCUUGCAUCUAUUUUGUAUUGGCAAUUUUUUCGGAGGAUUUGAAAAAAAUAAGA